AUGUCUAUUGUAGGCUCCUCUCUUGGGGCGGAGGUCACCACCUUGUCCAGUUCAAAUCUUCUGAUUGAUAAUGAAGGGAACCUGAAGCUUGCAGAUUUUGGUCUAGCUCGAUCGUUCUCGAGCGAUCAGAAUGCUAAUCUUACAAAUCGUGUGAUUACUUUAUGGUACAGGCCACCAGAAUUGCUGCUUGGGACCACGAAAUAUGGUCCUGCUGUUGAUAUGUGGUCGGUUGGUUGCAUCUUUGCUGAACUUCUUAAUGGAAAGCCUGUCUUUCCUGGGAAAGAUGAGCCGGAACAACUAAACAAAAUUUUUGACAUCUGUGGGACUCCAAAUGAGGAUAUCUGGCCUGGAGUCUCUAAGAUUCCAUGGUAUAACAAUUUCAAGCCUACAAGACUUGUGAAAAGGCGCCUUAGAGAGCAUUUCAGACACUUUGAUCGCCACGCUUUGGAUUUACUUGAUCGUAUGCUGACCCUUGAUCCAUCUCAGAGAAUAUCAGCCAAGGAUGCUCUUGACGCUGAGUACUUCUGGACUGACCCGUUACCUUGUGACCCCAAGAGCUUGCCCAAAUACGAAUCUUCGCACGAGUUCCAGACCAAGAAAAAACGCCAACAGCAGCGCCAGCAUGAAGAGAACACGAAACGCCAGAAGCUGCAGCACCAGCAACAUCAUUCCCGUGUCCCACCCAUCCAGCAGUCAGGCCACGCGCACGCCCAUUUACGACCCGGCCCAAAUCAUCCCCCACAUGGCUCGCAGCCUCAGGUAGCAGGGGUACCCAGCCACCACUACGGAAAGCCGCGCGGACCCUCGGCGGGCCCAGGAAGGUAUCCUCCCGGUGGGAAUCCCUCUGGGGGCUACAACCACCCAAACCGUGGCCAGGGUGGCAGUGGCUACGGAAACGGACCGUCGGGCCCGUACCCGCCUCAGGGACGGGCACCACCAUACGGUUCAAGCGGCAUGCCUGGUGCGGGCCCUCGAGGAGGCCCGAACUACCAGCAUGGUGGGCCGUAUGGGAGUUCUGGAGGUGGUCGUGGUUCGAACAUGGGAAAUCGAAACCAACAGUACAACUGGCAGCAGUGA